GCAGGCUGGCAUCGUUUUGUGCAGUCUGAAAUGCAGUUUGUUUGAGAGGUUGUUUGGAAAGCAGUUCUCCAAAACAGAAUGCGUCGAGGUUUAGACGUGCCUUGGAGGAUUUAGUGUUGAUCAACUCUCCUAUCUGUGGCUUGGUACACUGCAUAGACUACUCGCAGCGUGGAUUAGGCGUCCCGGGACCUCGCGUCCCGGAGAAGAAUAGAAUUUGAUCAUGUUUGAGAAAUCCUUGAGUGAUUUGGUUCGUGGAAUCAGGAAUAAUCGCCACAAUGAGAGCCGUUAUAUCUCCAGUUGUAUUGAGGAGAUCAAGGGCGAGUUACGGCAAGAUAACAUGACCAUGAAGGCUAAUGCCGUAGCAAAGUUAAUAUAUUUACAAAUGUUGGGCUAUGACAUUAGCUGGGCAGCGUUCAACAUCAUCGAGGUCAUGAGCUCUUCCAAGUUCAUGUACAAGAGAAUGGGGUACUUGGCGGCUUCACAAUCGUUUCACGAAGACACGGAUGUUCUUAUGCUGACCACCAACAUGAUCCGAAAGGACUUAUCAAGUCAGAAUAUGUACGAUGCGGGCGUCGCACUCACUGGCUUGUCAUGUUUUGUCAGCACAGACCUUGCACGUGACUUGGCCAACGACGUGAUGGCACUGAUGUCCUCGACUAAGCCGUAUUUGCGCAAGAAGGCCAUUCUUCUCAUGUACAAGAUCUUUUUGAAGUUUCCCGACUCACUUCGUCCAGCGUUUCCCCGUCUGAAAGACAAGCUUGAGGAUGCUGAGCCUGCUGUCCAGUGUGCUGCAGUCAAUGUUAUCUGUGAGCUGGCACGUAAGAAUCCAAAGAACUACUUGUCACUGGCGCCGGUGUUCUUCAAGCUGAUGACUAGCUCUGGCAACAACUGGAUGCUCAUCAAGAUCAUCAAGCUUUUUGGUGCGCUGACGCCAUUGGAGCCACGUCUUGCCAAGAAGCUGGUAGACCCACUCACCAGCCUGAUUCAGAGCACAUCGGCCACAUCACUCUCAUUUGAGUGUGUGAACACAGUCAUCUCAGGUCUUCCCAAUCAUCUGCCUUCAAUACAGCUCUGCUCUGGGAAACUUCGUGAGAUGAUCGAGAACGACGCUGACCCCAACUUGAGAUACCUCGGUCUGCGCGCCCUUGGUCAGAUUCUCAAACACCAUCCUAAAGUCGUACAAGCUCACAAGGAUUUGAUUUUGGAGUGCUUGGACGGACGUGACGAGUCCAUUCGACUUCGUGCCCUCGAUCUUCUCUCCGGCAUGGUUUCCAAGAAGAACAUUGUUGACAUUGUCAAGAAGCUUAUGGCGCAUAUGGACAAAGCCGAGGGCCAAGUCUAUCGUGAUGAGGUUCUUAGCAAGGUUGUUGAUCUCUGCACUCAAUCCAACUACCAGUUUGUCACCAACUUUGAGUGGUACAUAACUGUGUUAGUGGAGCUGACAAGGAUGGAGGGCACACGCAAGGGACGCCUCAUUGCCAACAGCAUGAUGGACGUGGCCAUUCGCGUCAAGUCUGUACGGCCGUUUGCCGUGCGUCAAAUGGCGGUACUGCUGGAGAACUCUCACAUUCUGAAGGGCUCAGGUCUGCGCAAUGGUAUCUGUGAAGUGCUCUAUGCAGCAGGCUGGAUCUGCGGAGAAUAUGCCAGUUUGUUGCCCAAUGCCCGUACUGCGUUGGAAACGAUGCUGAAGCCACACUGUAGCGCAUUGCCAGGUCACAUCCAGGCGGUGUUCGUGCAGAACAUUCUCAAGCUCUACGCAUUCAUUCGCAAGAAGGGUGCUGAGGAGGAUGACAACGAUGAUGCGGAAGAAGUGCUGCAGUUAUUGGACGAUGCACUGCCCAUGUACGUACAAGCCAGUGACCUGGAAGUGCAGGAGAGAGGCUGUGCAGCAGUGCAGCUCCUGAAGUACAUCCGCCGCUUGGAAGAGAAAGACACUGAUGUGACAGAAGAGUUCUUUGCUCUGUUUGACGGUGAGAUGAACCCCGUUGCUCCGAAAGCUCAGAAGAAGGUCCCAGUGCCAGAGGGCUUGGACCUGGAUAAAUGGAUCAAUGAUCCGCCAUCGGAGAGUGAGGAGGAAGUAGAUGCCGGCGCAGCUUUCUUCGGCGGCGGCAGUAGUGCUUCGGCGGCAGCAGCCGUAGACGUCAAGGAGGAAGUCAAGCCGAAGAAGUCCAAGAAGGAAGAGAGGGAAGAAGCGGAAGAGGAUGAAAAGAGACGUGAGGCACGUCGCCAGGCUAAACUCUCCAACCCUCACUAUCUGCCAAUGUCUGCACCAAUAGCAUCACCAGCAUCAAAGAGAGAUUCCGGUGCCGGUCUGAUUGUAGAAGGUAUACCCGUCACAACGUUGCAACUGGAUGUGCCACUCACACUAGAAAUUUCAGAACCCGUCACCGGCAAGAAAGGCAAAAAGGGAAAGAAGGGAAAGAAAGGCAAGAAAGGACGAGGACGUGGUGAUGAUGAUGAGGAGGAAGUUGUUCGUCGUGCUGACAUUGUGGUGGAGGAGGACAUGCCAGAGAAUGCAGCGGACAGUGACAAGGAUGAUGGCUCAUUAGCUGUGGAUGACCCCCAUCGUGCACUGGCUGAAAUCAGUCUAGACGAGCCACUUCGCGAUGACGAAGUGCUGCCAGUCCGUCAACACAGGGUGGUUCUUGAGCAUCCCGAGGAGAAAGCGGAGAAGAAAAAGAAGAAGGGCAAGUCAGAGAAGGAUGGGAAGAAAAAGAAAAAGAAGAAGCAUGCUGACGACGACGAAGAGGAUGAGCCUGCUGCUGCCGCAGCUGUGGAGGAACCAAUGGAAUUGAUCCCUGGUUUCUCAGAAGGUGCUACCGCAGCGCCAGCAGCAGCAGUGGCCGAUCCACCAGCAGCAGAAGGCAAAAAGAAGAAGAAGGGCAAGAAAACGAAAGGUGCUGAAGCAGUAGCAGCAGCGUCUGCAGCGGCCGCAGCUCCAAAGGAACCUACGGUGGAUGACCUGGACUUCUGGCUGACAUCAAGUGAUGCCCCAGCACCGGCUGUAGCAGCACCUGCACCCGCUGCCGCAGCUCCAGUUGCAGCAGCAGCAGCAGCAGCAGAGCCCGAGAAGAAGAAGAAAUCGAAGAAAGCUGCAGAGAAGGAGGAGAAGGGCAAAAAGAAGAAGAAGUCUAAGGCAGCGGCUGCAGCAGUCACAGCUGAUGUAGCUGUAAAUGGAGAUGAGGAGCUGGUAGCGACUGCGGCAUCACCUGCCCUACCACCCACCGUUCCUUACAAUGACCUAGCUAAGGACAAGAACAUUGAGCUGACGUGUCAAAUGCGAGUCGGAAACAACCAGGCCUUGGCAUCAGUCAUUUUCCGUAACCUGACAGCGCAGCAGAUGAUCAACCUCGAGUUCAAUGUCCUGGACUCACUCAAUGUCAAGAUGAUCAGACCGAUGGGCACACCAACUCAUGAAGGCAUUCGUGUCCCAUUCCAGCUUCCAGCCGGCUCGUCAAAUGAAGCCCAGUUUGCCUUUGUGGUGGAGAGUAUAGUUGUGCCACAGAAACUCCGUGGCACACUGACGUACAUGGUGAAGGGCGAGGAUGGUGCUACGAGUAACAAGAUUGACUUCAAGCUACCGAUGCCGUGCUCGUCGUUCAUCAUGGCCAUGCCAAUGACAAGCAAGAUGUUCGCAACACUGCUUGCUAGUGGAGAUCUUUGUGAUGCCAAGUCUUCCAAGUUUCCCUACAAGGCAACGCCGGAUUUCAACUCAGCUCUGGCUGCGGUCUGUGGCAGUAUCCAUCUUGCUGUUGUGGAACAAAUGGAUGGCAGUGCAUCGCUACAUGGCAACUCACUGCAACAACAUCAUAUCUGCAUGCUCAUCAAACAUACGGGCAAUACAUUGACUGUCAACGUCAAGUGCUCCGACUCAACGCUGGCAUCUAAUCUGCUGGACGAGGUACGCACCCUGAUCUAGACGCACGACACUAGCUGCAUGUGCUACUCGUCGUUCAAGUGGCUGUGACUUCCUCUCUGCCUGUUUUUGUCUAGUCGUCUGGUCGUGAAACCUUUUUUACUGCUCUUCAUCGCCACCGCUGUCUGUCCAUAUGCCUUCGUCUAGUUUACCUCGCUGGUUGUUGUUGUUUUCAUUUAUUUUUGACUACUAUAAUGAUAAUAAUAAUUGACCCGUUCAUGAAACAGUAUUUACCUUUGUUGUUAGCAAAACGUUUGUGUGCUAUCAUGAUACAAACCCAUGGUCUGCCUCCUCCCCCUUGCCCAUAGCCUAUGUGUGCUAGCAUGAUUUGUAUCUUUUCCAUUAGUUUCUUCAUUUCCUUGCAAUAUAUACCGAGUUGCUCGUGUCUGCGUUGCAGUGUGAUGCGGCGAGUGGUGAUGACGUCACCCCACACUAUGCCUGCCUGCCCAUACUGGUACUGCACAUGCAUUCGCUCAGAGAUUCUCUAUAUCACUAUCGACGGCACGUAGCACGCGCGCACGGCGCGACAUGGCAGGCAAGCGCCAUGCACAUUAUGCUCAGUGCUCAGUGCUCUGUGCUCACUAUUCCUAUACUAACAUUAGACCUUGGUGUUGUUGUUCUUCUUCUUUUUUUUUGUUGCGAUUGUCUUUUUCGCCAUGCAUCGUUAUACUCCAUGUCAUCUGCCACUUGCUUGCCUGGUUGUUUGUUGUGACUGCACAACUCAGUAUACUGUUUGUUGUGACUGCACAACUAUACUACUGAUUUCUCAUGUUCAAAGUUUGCUCCCCGUGUUUUUUAGCGAGUGUACGUGUGUUAUGCCAUACACACUCUGUUAUUGCUUGCCGGGCAUUUUGAUCGGCCUUUUUCUAUACUUUCUUUGACUGAGAAAGUGAGAAUUCUGAGUGCAUUGUAUGAUAACUGU